UUCAAGUGUAACGGAACCUGUAAAACAUUAACGAAAUGAUGUUUGCUCAUGCUUAUUUCGACCUGAUUAUAUCUUUACCCAAGCAGAUAUACUGAAUAUCUAAGCGCGGCAGCUGAUCAGAGCAACUAUAUGGUAGCAGCAGGGGGAUAUUCGAACCAAUCGUCUGCAGCCAGACGCUAUUUGAGUCUAAAAAUAGUAGACAUAGGCUACCUUGAGAGUUUGAGCCCGUUUAUUAAAGUCGAAGGCGUUUUCAAAAGGAUAGUAGCCUACGUUAUGUUGCGGAAAACAACACGUCUUUUGGAAAACAGGUUAUCACAUCAGUUCUCACGUACUUUUAGCCUCGCAAGUGGCAAUCUGGUGGAACAAAAUUUUCGUAUUGAACCAUGCCAAAGUGAAAAACUAACCGACAUCGGAACCAGGAGGAUUUUCAGUGAUGACCAUGAUAUAUUCCGUCGGUCUGUGCGAAGAUUUUUUAACGAAAAUAUAAUUCCAUAUAACGAUAAAUGGAUGAAAGCUGGGGAGGUUGAUCGUGAUUGCUGGUUAAAAGCAGGCGAGGCUGGUAUAUUAGGCGUUUCUAUACCAGCAGACAAAGGUGGAAUUGGAGGCGAUUGGUUGUCCAGUGUCAUCGUCGAAGAGGAGCAAUUCUACUCAAACUGCCCUGACCCUGGAUACACCGUGCAUUCUGACGUAAUGAUGCCAUAUAUAGCUAAACAUGGUACGAAGGAACAAAUUGAAAAAUAUAUCUCUGACUUGACCGCCGGGAGAAAAAUAGGAGCCAUUGCUAUGACCGAACCCGGCGCUGGGAGUGACCUCCAAGGUAUUCGGACAUAUGCGAAACGAGAAGGAGAUGAAUGGAUUAUAAAUGGAAGCAAAACAUACAUAAGUAAUGGAUGGCUCUGCGACGUUGUUGUACUCGUAGCCUCCACAAAAACAGAGGGAAAAUCUGCGGCUCAUGGCAUAACUCUUUUUGUAAUAGAUAGUAGUACCCCUGGCUUCACAAAAGGUCAAAAGUUGAAAAAAAUAGGACUCGAAGGACAGGAUACCUCCGAAUUAUUUUUUGAGGAUUGUAGAGUACCUUACAGCGCUGUCCUUGGAGGGGAAGCUGGGAUAAAUAAAGGUUUUUACAUUAUGAUGCAAGAAUUGCCACAAGAACGAUUACUAGUCGCAAAUAUGUCGAUGUCUACAAGUGAGUUUAUGUUUGAAGCGACGCGUGAUUACGUUAAGCAGAGAAAGGCAUUCGGCAGGCGCAUUGCCGACUUGCAAACAAUACAACACAAAUUGGCGGGUCUAAAGACAGAAAUCGCCGUUACACGUGCGUUUAUAGAUCGGUGCAACGAGCUUCACAACGAAAGGAAAUUGGAUAAUUCCACGGCAUCAAUGGCAAAGUACUGGGCAUCCGAUAGGGCAAACGCACAAGCAUAUGAUUUUGUUCAAAUGUUCGGGGGAAACGGUUACAUGUGCGAAUAUCCUAUUUCAAAGGCCUAUGUUGACGUCCGUGCCCACUCAAUAUAUGGUGGUACAAAUGAAAUCAUGAAAGAACUUAUUGCGAGGCAAAUUGUAAAAAAAUGAGAAAAGGCGCAACUUUCUUCUUCGUAUAGUUUAUGUUACUGUGAUCAACGACUUUGCGCAAUAACACUGCAUAUAUAUAUCUGUGUAUUCAAAUUUGAUUUAUUAUGCUAAUUUAGAGUAAUAAAAUGCCUUUAUGAAAAUAUCUCUAUGGUCGUCUUUAUUAACUAGUGAAAUUGUUCUGUAUCUAUUAUAAUACCUUAUUUGUUUCUAUCAAUAAUUGUCCAUAUUCUUAGCUUCAGCACUUCGGGGGCAUGGCAUACUGAAAACAGCGUGCCACAGAAGUUGUUUCUCGGACCCUUGACCCCAGAAAAAAUGUUUCGAGACUUGGCACCUACAAAUUGGUUUACAUGUUCAAAUAUAUAUACAUUUAACCACCUACCUUUCAAAAGUACGUAUAACUAAUUUCAGCCCAGUCUAUUACGGCUUUUAUUCAUUAAUUUUUGAUCACUGCAAUAAAAAUGAAGCUCCUCGGAA